UGCCUCCGCCCGCCAGAAUCUCCGGAGAGAACUUUGCAACUAGUUGAGCGGCGAGCGGCGGACUUGAGCGUUUGCGCGCACUCGGCCAAGGUCAUGCUGAGCCCCGCUACUUUGGACGACCCGAUGGAUUUUACAAUGGACGGGCAUCCCCGGGAGGUGUUGAAGAAGGACAGGCAGCUCAGCCUGAUCCAGGACGACAGGCACGACAGCGGCUUAGGCUCCAUGAAAGACGACGAGUUCGAAAAUCUCGUCCGGGAAUUGGAGGAUAUCCGAAUCCAGCCCGUGGAAGCCGACUCGGGGAACUUAGCCCAGCCUUGGAAGCAGCUGGUGACUGAAGAUGGAGACACGAUUCUCCAUCUGGCUAUUAUUCACGAAAAAAAAUCCUUAAGUUUGGAAAUCGUUCACCAAGCAGGACGGGAUGCUUCUUUCUUGAAUUUCCAGAACAAUCUCAACCAGACUCCACUUCAUUUGGCGGCAAUCACAGAUCAGCCUGAAAUUGCUGAGUCUCUUCUGAAAGCAGGCUGUGAUGCAGAAAUCAGAGAUUUCCGAGGAAACACACCGCUGCACAUUGCUUGUAAACAAGGGUCCCUCAGAGGAGUUAAUGUUCUUAUACAGUAUUGCCAGAAGCCCCAACUCCAUUCUCUCCUACAAGCAGCAAACUACAGCGGCCACACGUGUCUCCACCUGGCUUCUAUUCAAGGAUACUUGGCCAUUGUAGAACGUCUUCUGUCCUUGGGAGCAGAUGUCAAUGCUCAGGAGCCAUGCAAUGGUAGGACUGCCUUGCAUUUGGCCGUAGAUUUGCAGAAUGAAGGACUGGUUUCCCUUUUGUUGAAGCAUGGAGCAGAUGUGAACAAAGUAACCUACCAGGGCUAUUCUCCAUACCAGCUCACAUGGGGAAGAAAUAACUCCUUCAUACAGGAACAGUUGAGACAAUUUACCACACUGGAUUUGCAGAUGCUAUCAGAGAGUGAAGAUGAAGAAAGCUGUGAAUCAGAAUUGGAAUAUACGGAAGAUGAACUUCUCUAUGACGACUGCAUUAUUGGUGGACGGCAUGUGUCUUGUUAGAGGAGGAGAAUUGUUGAAAGACUACAACUACAACCGUGUGAACAGUUGCAGAACUGCAGCAGUCACCCUAUAAAAUCAACAUUGUGAAAACAGAAAGAUGCCAAAAGUGGUUGAGUUAUUCUCCAUGUGUGACAUUGGUGUAGUAGAUC